CCUGCUGGCCGAGGAGGAGCGUCGCAGGGCGGCUAGCCGGCGGCGGCGCGACAAGAAGUUCUGUUGCCCAAAGUGCCCGAUGACGUUCUCCAACAAGGGGCAGCUGACCGGCCACUUCCGGAAGCACACGGGGGAGCGGCCGUUCGAGUGUGAGACGUGUCACAAGCGCUUCACCCGCAACGAGGAGCUGACCCGCCACACACGCAUCCACACCGGCGACCGGCCGUUCGGCUGCGAGAUCUGCGGCAAACGGUUCGGCCGCAAGGACCACCUCAACAAACACCAGCGCACCCACACCACGCCCUUGUACGCCGCCUAUGCGUCUAUGACGUCAGCCCCGCACGGAGUGCUCUCACCAUUCCCAUUCGGGUAUGGUGCGGAGACGUGCAAACUGCUGCAAUAAUUGUGUGUAUGUGUGAAUUAUGAUUUUUUGCCAUUAUUAUUUAAAGUGAUGUGAGGCUGGAGGUUGCGUCAUAAGUGAUGAUAGUUUGCGAUUUUCCGGAUACUUUGAGCGGGAAUUCAUGUGCUCAAACGAUGUGCUUACAGAUGGUGUAUUUUGGAAAUAUAUGUCAGAUCUUGAA